UUUGAGUUUUGACGUCUGUUUUAACGACUUAAAUCGUCCACGCUUUAGCAUUAGAAUAUUAAACCGAGUAAGGGAUUGGAAACGGGUUUUAUAAAAUGAUAGAAACUACGAACAUGGUGAUGUGUUAUGAUGACUGUCGAUCGAGCAAAUGAGUACUAUUUAUUUAAAGCGUUGAUGCGUUGUAUUACUUCUUAUUGCGCUGUUGAGUUUUGCGAAUGGAAUAUUGUUAUUUUGUCGUAGUGAUGGAUUACAAUGCAAUAUGCAUCCACUAAAUUUAGAAGUCGCCUUCACGUGCUUCUUUCUUUGCCUUUGCUUCGUUGAUCUAAAUUAAGAUGAUUAUUCCUCCGAAAAAUAUACUAUUUUUAUCGGUAAUAACUUUGCAGGUUACAUAAUUUCUUAAUUUCUGGAAACGUUUACAAAAUGUCGUGCGCCAAAGAUUUACGCAAUGUCGAGGAAAUUGAGAAAUGGCUCGAUGAUCAUCCUGAAUUUGUGCUUUCGUAUUUCUCUCGAAAGGCAACGCGGAAUUUGUUUCAUCGUACUUUACCUAGAACACAAUCCAGAGAUGCCAGUACUCCGCCGACUUCUGGGACCUCUACUCCAGUGCGGAAAAUAUCAGCUUCUGAUUUGGACACAAGCAUGAGGGGUAAACUAAAACCAAUAUUGAAUGUUGUUGAUGGACAGACAAGCUUUCUCAGCCCAGAUGUGGAUUCUUCGAAACUAAGCAGAACUUCACAAAGAAAGUCUCGAGAUGAACUGAAGCGCUUGGAUGAAACCGAAUUGAUGAUGCAACUUGUAAAAGAUAUCGCUGAAGAUCUGAAUUUACGAAGUCUAUGCCACAAAAUUUUACAGAACGUUAGCAUUCUUGUUAAUGGCGACCGUUGUUCAAUGUUUUUAGUGAAAGGGUCUGCUGACGGACCCAAAUGCCUUGUAUCUACUGUUUUUGAUGUAAAUGCAGAAUCUAAAGUUGAAGAUUUAGAUAAUGUGGAAGAAAUUCGAAUACCUUGGGGCUCAGGUGUUGUAGGAUAUGUUGCCGAGAAAGGGGAAACUGUUAACAUUGCUAAUGCAUACGAGGAUGAAAGAUUCAACCAAGAAAUUGAUCAAAAAACAGGGUAUAAAACAAGAAGUAUGUUGUGUAUGCCCAUAAGGAACAGUUUUGGAGAGGUAAUUGCGGUGUCACAAGUUAUCAAUAAACAUGGCCAUGGAAAUAUAAACCAUUCAUUUACUCCUGAGGAUGAAAAGAUUUUUAGUCGUUUUUUGACGUUCUGUGGAAUUGCUAUUCAUAACGCGGAAUUGUUUGAAACAUCUCAAAAGGAAAUUAAACGAAAUCAGGUUUUGUUGGAUCUUGCCAAAACAAUUUUUGAAGAACAACAUUCUUUAGAAAAUGUCGUCUGCAGAAUUAUGAUGAUAACACAGUCAUUGUUACAGUCCGAACGCUGUUCUGUGUUUUUAGUGAAUCAAAAUUCCAAGAAUUUGUUUUCUCGUGCGUUUGACUUGGAGGCCAAGGAUAUUAUAUGCAGUGAGAGUUCCAGCUCACCUGUAAAGACAAGGAGUUUAUCCGACUUCCAGUGCCCUGUCAACAUUGGCAUUACUGGUCACGUGGCAACUACAGGGCAGACGCUGAAUAUUCCUGAUGCGUACAACGAUCCUCGAUUCAAUCCAAUGGUUGAUGAAAUAUCAGGAUUUACAACGAAAACCAUACUGUGCAUGCCUAUUCUCAGCUGUGGGGGCGAAAUAUUAGGCGUGGUUCAACUCCUGAAUAAGAUGGAUAACACACCAUUCAACACAAAUGAUGAAAACCUGUUUGAGGCAUUUGCCAUAUUUUGUGGAAUGGCCAUUCAUAAUGCAUCUGUGUAUGAGGAUAUUCAAAAAGCAAUGGCAAAGCAAUUGGUAGCUUUCGAGGUUCUCUCUUAUCAUGCAACUGCAUCUGCCGAAGAAGUAAAGAAAUUAAAGGUUAUUCAUACAAAUAUGGAAGAGUCUUUGAAUAUUCCAAGAAAUUUAUUUGACUUCAGUUUUGAUGAUGAUGCGCUGGAUGAGAUUGGCACAUGUCAUGCAACUUUGCAAAUGUUUUAUGCUCUAGAACUUCAUUCUCGAUUCUCUAUUGAAAAAGAAGUUCUUUGCCGUUGGAUAAUGUCGGUGAAGAAAAAUUAUAGACAUGUAACAUAUCACAACUGGCGUCACGCAUUUAACGUUGGCCAAACUAUGUUUGCCAUUAUGAAGAACGCUAGUAUUUCUAGCUAUUUCUCUGAUAUUGAACGCUUAGCGCUGAUGGUUGCUUGCCUUUGUCACGACUUGGAUCAUCGUGGAACCAGUAAUUCAUUUCAAUUGAAAAUCGACUCGCCAUUAGCGCGCCUUUACAGUACGUCUACCAUGGAGCAUCAUCAUUUCGACCAUUGUAUCAUGAUCUUAAACAGUCAGGGCAAUGAAAUCUUUGGUGGGUUAACUGCUGAGGAAUACGAGGACGCGUUUACGAUGUUAGAGCAAUGUAUAUUGGCUACUGAUUUAGCGUUAUAUUUUAAAAAUAGAAAUCGUUUUUUUGAGCUGACUGGCCAUCAUAGAGCAGAUUGGCAUGAAAAAGAAAAUAAGCAAUUAUUAAGUGCUAUGAUGAUGACUGCGUGCGAUGUAUCGGCGAUUACUAAACCUUGGGCAGUCCAGAGAAGGGUUGCAAAGUUAGUUUCUGAAGAAUUUUUCCUGCAAGGUGACUUAGAAAAAGAAGAGUUGAAGGAACGGCCUGCUGAUAUGAUGGAUAGAUGCAAAAAAGAUCAAUUGCCAGAGAUGCAGGUUGGCUUUAUUGAUGGCAUAUGUUUGCCUGUUUACAAGGCUUUUGCACAACUUUGUCCCGAGUUACAAAAGCUGCUUGACGGCUGUUUAGACAAUAGAAGACGUUGGUCAGAACUAGCCGAUACGCAAAGGAAAAAGAUGCUGGAGGAUUGACGCUGCUAUAAUACGAAAUGAUACGUUCUACACCAGCAACUGCCAUCAUUUUGACGUCUGGCCUUGUAGACCACUCAGGAUUUUUUUGCUGGGCUGAAAAGUUUAGCCGCUUAAAAACCAUCGAGCUCCUGGAUAAUAUUAUACAAUGAAAAUACGUUUUAAGGUUACCCGAAGAUUGCUUGGUGUUGUAGCUCACUACAUGAGUGUGUGAUGCGUGUGUGUUUGACGCCAUUUCUGACGUUUCGCACAGAGUCCCCUGUUGUAUUGCGUGAUCAUUCUGGAUAUCGGCUAUAAGUUAUUCAUUUAGUUUCUGCUUCUACUUGUCUAUUAUUUUCACGCUACAAGGAACACGUUAGUUUUCUAUAUCUCAUUUAUUUUGUAAUUUUACGUGACAGACAAAUUUACUCGAGUACACAAGGAUUUAAAAAGGGAA